AUGAAGUAAGCAAUCCAAAGAUUUUUAUUAAUUUCUAAAUUCGUUUUUAGAAUGAUUCCUAAUUUAAGGAUAGUAGAAUGUAAUAUAAUUUUAUAAAACUUUGCAUCCUUGUACUUUACUAUAUAAGAAGGUUAUUACGGAUUAUUGGACAUUCCAUUGGUAAGUGUAGCUCAUAAUUCGUAUCUUCCUAAUGAAUCGACCCAUUAAUUUACACUUAUUUUAGACAUGGAUGAAACAUUGAUUCAUUUUGUCAAUUAGACAAAAAGUAUGAGAUUGGAGUAUUUACUGCUGGAUUAAGAGAUUAUGCAAAUUGGGUUCUUGACUAAGUCGCUUUUAAUAAAUAAAUCUAAUUUAGAUUAUAUCGAUAACAUGCCAUACUUAUCAAGACUGGGAAGAAGCAUAGCUAAAUGCAUAAUAAUAGAUAAAAUAGCAGCUAACUAUCAACAUUAAGAAGAAAAUGAGAUUUAAAUUAAGAUUUGGUGCAACGACCCUGAGGAUAAAGAAUUGGUCAAAGUAGGAGCAAUUUUAAGACAACUAGCAAAAGGUAAUUGUGAGGAUGUCAGAGAUGCUCUUCAAAUGUAUAACAAAGCUUAUGUAUAGUGA